CGCCGGACUCCCCGGGCACGCACGCCCCUGGACCCGCCCCGAGGCCGGCCGCGUCCUCCGCCUUCCGCGAAACGCUGGGACGGAGAAGGCCCUCCGUGGGCCGAUGCGCGGAGCGUCUCUCCCCGGGGGGCAUCGUGAGGACUAGAAAUGGCAUGAGCAGGGCCUAAUAUGGAGCUGACACGUAGUGCUGGAGCAAUAACUACUCAGACGCUCCUUGGAGACGUACUGGCUUUCAUUCCCUCUCUAAUGUACCUGUGAGAACCUCAGUGAAGACUUGGUCCUCCCCAGAGACAGCUCCAUCCCGGAAACACUUCACCAAGAAGGACUUGCCAAGCCGGAUGAUGCCUGUCGAGCUGGGACAGGCCUUGCUCCUGCUGCCGCCGCCACUGGCAAAGGCCGAGGACUCCCCAUUCUCUGGACCAGAUGCCACUCCUCGAGGGGAGCUCUCUAACCCCGAGACUGCACGCCAGCUCUUCAGGCAGUUUCGUUACCAGGUGAUGUCUGGGCCCCACGAGACCCUGCGACAACUUCGGAAACUCUGUUUUCAGUGGCUGCAGCCAGAGGUUCACACAAAGGAGCAGAUCCUAGAGAUCCUCAUGUUGGAGCAGUUCCUGACCAUCUUGCCCGGGGAGAUCCAGAUGUGGGUGCGGAAACAGUGUCCAGGCAGCGGAGAGGAGGCAGUGACCCUUGUGGAGAGCUUGAGGGGAGACCCCCGGAGACUGUGGCAAUGGAUCAGCAUCCAGGUUCUAGGACAGGAAAUCUUAUCAGAGAAGAUGGAAUCUGCAAGCUGCCACGUGGGGGGAAUGGAGCGCCAUCUUGAAGUGAUGCCUCCAGAGCUGGGACUUCAUGACUCGACCUGCAGGCCUCUGGAGCCACCAGGCCAUACUGUGAAAGAGGAGUGUGACGUGGAACAAGAAUUAGUGAUGGCUGCUGCCCCACCUCCUGCCCCACCCGAGGAAAGGCUCAUCAGAGACCAGGACUUCGGAGCCUCCUUUCUCCAAGCAGCAUCUCCGGAACAGUGGAGGCACCUGGAUUCCACUCAGAAGGAGCAGUACUGGGAUCUCAUGCUGGAGACCUAUGGGAAAAUGGUCUCAGGAGGCAUUUCCAGUUCCAAGUCUGAUCUGACUAAUUCCGCAGAGUAUGGGGAAGAACUGGCAGGAUUGCACCUUCAUGUCAGCGAGAAGAUCCCAAGACCCACCCUCAUAGGAGACAGGCAGGAGAAUGACAAAGAGAACCUGAAUUUGGAAAAUUGUAGGGGCCAGGAAACUUCCGACGUCUCCUGCCAAGUGUCAGGAGAGGCACCUUCGCAGGCUUCCUUGAGUGGCCUCCUCAGUGAGGAUGAACCGAGAUGCUUUGGAGAAGGGGACAGUCUCCCCGAGGCUCUGGAAAAUCUUCAAGGUGAGGGGCCAGUGGGCCAGCUCUCGCCCCAAGGAAGGAAUUCUGGGAAACAGCAUUUGGCCAAUCCCCAUCCAGAAGAACUGUCCCUGUUGUGGCUGGAGGAGAAGAGAGAGGCCUCUCCGAAAGGGCAGCCAAGGGCCCCCAUGGCCCAGAAACUCCCCACCUGCAGGGAGUGUGGGAAAACGUUUUACAGGAAUUCUCAGCUUGUUUUUCACCAAAGAACUCACACCGGAGAGACAUACUUUCAGUGCCCCACCUGCAAAAAAGCCUUUCUGCGGAGUUCAGACUUUGUGAAGCAUCAGAGGAUCCACACAGGAGAGAAGCCUUGUAAAUGUGAUUACUGUGGGAAAGGCUUUAGCGACUUCUCAGGAUUGCGUCAUCAUGAGAAGAUCCACACAGGGGAGAAACCCUAUAAAUGUCCCAUCUGUGAGAAGAGUUUUAUUCAGAGAUCAAACUUUAAUCGGCAUCAGAGAGUUCACACAGGGGAGAAACCGUAUAAGUGUUCCCGCUGCGGGAAGAGUUUCAGCUGGAGCUCGAGCCUUGAUAAACAUCAAAGAUCCCAUUUAGGAAAGAAGCCCUUUCCGUAGGCAGGCUCCCAUAGCCCAGUUCUGGCCCUGGGCCGUUUAAAAAUACUUUGUGCCAUCUGGAGAAAUUGCAUCUCUUAAAGACCAGCCCUGUUCUCUCUCUCUCUCUCUCUCUCUCUCUUUUUCAUGGAUUAGAGAAUUACCUGAACACGGCUUUGGACUGGAAGGACAUGUUGGCCUCUGGGUUGGCUUUUGUGUUGGCUUAAUUUCUUCUGCAUCAGGAGAAAGAACAAUCUUCAUCUUUCAGCUCAUCUCUUGUUUUGAACCCCUUGGGGAGAAAAACGUAUCACUUGGAGUUCCUGUUUUACAAGUGCUGUCUGGGGAGUGUUUAACUGGAUCAGCUACAGUUGCUGCUCUUGGGAGGGGCCUCAGGUCAGCACUUUGGGGAUGGGGGUCCUAGAGCAGGUCUCCUGUUACAGUAGGGGCAGUGGACAGGGCCAGAGAGCUUGCACGUGUUGUCAGAUGGGUGCAAAAUUAACUUCAAAUGUCCCUCGUUUUAUAAAUAAACUUCUUAAAGUCGC